UUCUGUCUCGCCUUUUUUCACCCCUUCAGUCAGUGUUGAGAAGACAGUAAGGACACCCGUCACUGUCGGUAUUUACCUGUCAAGAUACGGAAUAGCGUUACCAGCCGAACAUCGUGGAUUAUUUCUAGUUUCGAGUAGCAAACUGCAAAAGAUUAUCUUCACGGUCCAGCCAUGGGUAUGAGCGGGGCGGCGUGGAGGGGAGAGGGGGAUUUAAAUUUCUCUUUCGUCCCAACUUUUGAUUUGAACUAAACGGUGCACCAGAGCAGAACCCAGCUGUGUUUCUUUACAUGUUUGACUGAGAUAACAGUAGUUGUUCGUCAAUUGCACAACUGCAGAAAUUAUUAUAUAGGGAUUUGCUCGUUUUUGGUCAUAUUUUUUGGGAGUUUUUGGUUUCCCUGGAGAGCGGCGGUGGCGAACUGAAAGCGGCUCACCGAGUCGGGACUGACCACUGGAGUUGGUCCUGAAAAUGGAGGCUGUUAUCGAGAAGGAAUGCAGCGCACUUGGAGGACUCUUCCAAACUGUUAUCGGAGACAUGAAAAGCAGCUACCCUAUUUGGGAGGACUUUAUCACCAAGGCCGGGAAACUGCAGUCACAGCUCAGGGCGACGGUAGUUGCUGUGGCUGCUUUCCUGGAUGCCUUUCAGAAAGUGGCCGACCUAGCUACCAACUCACGAGGUGGGACCAGAGACAUUGGAUCAGCGUUGACCAGGAUGUGUAUGAGACAUCGCAGCAUAGAGGCUAAACUCAAACAGUUCUCCAUGGCCUUCCUGGAGGGUCUAAUCAACCCUCUACAAGAACAGAUGGAGGAGUGGAAAAGAGGAGUCAACACUUUGGACAAGGACCAUGCUAAAGAGUAUAAAAGAGCCCGGCAGGAAAUAAAGAAGAAGUCCUCGGACACACUGAAACUUCAGAAGAAAGCCAAGAAAGCUGAUAAUCUAGGUCGUGGUGAUAUACAACCCCAGUUGGACAGCGCCAUGCAGGACGUCAGUGAUAAAUACAUUCUGCUGGAAGAGACAGAGAAACAGGCCCUAAGGAAGGCUCUUAUAGAGGACCGACAGAGAUUCUGCUGUUUCGUAGCCAUGCUGCGGCCUGUAGUGGAUGAGGAAAUUUCUAUGUUGGGAGAGGUCACCCAUCUCCAGGCUAUCUCUGAUGACCUCAAAGCCCUGACCUCAGAUCCACACAAGCUUCCCCCUGCUAGUGAACAGGUGAUCUUGGACCUGAAGGGCUCAGACUACGGUUGGUCAUAUCAAACGCCUCCCUCAUCCCCCAGCACCACUAUGUCCAGGAAGUCUAGCAUGUGCAGUAGUCUGAACAGCGUUAACAGUAGUGACUCCAGGGGAUCCAGUGGCUCUCACUCUCAUUCUCCUUCCUCCUCUUCUUCCUCCUCUUCCUCACACCACCUCUUGCACCACCAUCACCCCCGCCACCGGUACCGCAGCUCCACACUACCCCAGCAGGCCCCAGCUCGUCUCUCUAGCAUCUCCUCCCACGACUCGGGCUUCAUUUCUUCAUCACACGACCAAUACACAUCAUCCAAAUCAUCCUCGCCUAUGCCAGCUGAAACAAAGCCUUGUCCCAGUUCCAGGUCCUCUGAGGUGUCAGAGACUGGGCAGCUUCACAGUGACUGCAGCUCCCCCUCUUCUCUAGCUGCUGCUAUGGCACCUCAGCACGUUACUGACAAGUUGUCGAAUGGUUUUGACCACUACAGUCCGGCCAAUUCCCCCCACCUGCAUAGCACCGGGGGGAGUUUGGGCUCAGGGUCAAGCACUGCCUUCCCCUUCUCUCCUCCUUCCUCCUCAUCCUCCAUCUCCUCCUCCUGCCCCACUCGUUCAUGGUCACGUCCCGCCUCAGCCUUGGUGCCAGACUACCCUCACUACUGCACGUUGGGCCCCAUGGUGCCUUCAUCACGAGUCCCCAGCUGGAAGGACUGGGCUAAGCCAGGCCCUUAUGACCAGCCCAUGGUCAACACACUGAGGAGGAAGAAAGAUAAGGGGACCCCAGCUGUAGUGGACAGUAAUAGUAGUGUCAGUAAUGAUAGCAGCCCGGCCUCGAUCUCGACCUCAGUGCCAGCUCCGGCUCUACUACAAACGUCAGCAUCAGUGGAGGAGAAGAACAGAACUGUGACUGCACCUCUCAAGGCUGGUGAUAUUGAGGCCCAUGAGGAACUGGCUCUAGCCUUAUCCCGAGGUCUGGAGCUGGACACCCAGAGGUCCAGUAGAGACUCCAUCCAGUGUUCCAGUGGGUACAGCACGCAGACCAACACACCCUGCUGCUCUGAAGACACGAUACCUUCACAGGUAUCAGACUAUGACUAUUUCUCAAUGGCUGGAGAUCAGGAGCCUGAGCAGCAGCAGUUGGACUUUGACAAGUCCUCCACCAUCCCCAGAAACAGUGACAUCAGUCAGUCCUACCGCCUCAUGUUCCAGAGCAAACGACCAGCCUCCACAGCCGGCCUGCCCAGCACACAAGCUCCUUACCCCGGACAGGGCGUCUACCCUGCAGGGCCCUAUCCCGCCACACCUAUCCACACUGGGGCUUACCCUCCUACCCCUACAGGUCAGGGAUUUUAUUCUGGAUCCAGCUUCCAUAAUGCCUCUGGCUCCUAUUCCACAGGCCACGGUCCAGUUAUCGUCACCCCUGGGGUUGCCACAAUCCGCCGCACCCCCUCUUCAAAACCUUCCGCCCGCCGUUCAGGCUCAGUUGUGGGCACAGGCCCCAUCCCUAUUCGUACGCCCGUCAUCCCAGUAAAAAUCCCUACAGUGCCCGAUAUGUCAGGAGCUGUUAAUGGGAGCAGGAGUACAGAGGAGAUGGCGGGCAGAGGAGGAGGGGGAGGAGAAGAAAGCCCAGAUUCUCCAACAUUUGCAGGAGGAGGGGAUGCUGACACGCUACCUGUGGUGUCCUGGAGUGGUCAGGCUACAACCAAUCCACCCACUGUACCCUUGCCCAACCAGCAGCACCUUCAGAGUGAGCUAGGGCAGGAAGGAGGAGGAGAGGAGGCAGGAGAAGGGGGAGAAGGCAACAUGCUGGUGGCCAUCCGCAAGGGGGUCAGGCUCAAGAGAACCCUCACCAACGACCGCUCCGCACCACGCAUUGCAUGAUGACAUGACACUAGAAACAUGCAAGCUCAUGUCAAAGAAGUGAGGCUCUCCCUUCAUUGUAUUUGUAAAUUAGGUCAAAGGCUUUAGUAAAAGAUGUUGCCAAUAGAAAUGCGAUGUACAGAAUCAAAAGGCCUCUUAUGCUAGUAUGAGAAAUCAAUUACACAUGUAGCAUUUCUCAUUCUGUAAAUUUCCACCUGUGAGAAUCCCUCACUGCAGAAGCCAUCUAUAAUUAUUCAGAGAAGAAAAUAUACAGAUAUGCUAUUGUUCAGGUUCGCAUUUUCUAAUGUGGCUUAUGAUGCCUCAGAAAUGGUAUAAAGCCAGGUUCGUUAAAAUAUUGGUUUGGACCUAAAGUGGAUCACAGGCCCACUUGUGGUAGAUCCUUGUAUAAGUUGAGCCUAUACGAGAUGACCUAAUGUCUUACACAGGUCCUCGAAUAAAGGUUUUUGGCCUAAGCACUAAAAAUGUUUUUGCAAAUCCGAGCCCACAGCUGUGUAAUGAAAAACAUGAGGAUGUUUUUUUGUUAAUAAAUAACAAGAAGGACAGAGAAGCAUUACACCACAGUAUGUUUAUUUCUUUAACAGGACAGUAAGGACGUAUUUUACUCAUGUAUCCAGUUUUCGCCCUGAAGCAGAGGGUUGGACAAGGACAGUGUGUUUGCCGCUUCUCAGUGUAAAUAAACAUUGUGUAUUAUAUGUAAACACUCAUUGUUUAGGGAGUGCAUUGUACAGUACCAUCAUGGGACUAAUAAGCAUUCCGACUGCCAAGUGACUUGGCAGAAGGAGCUCAAUAACCAACGCAAGUGCAACACAGCAUCAAGAGAGCAAUAUUCAGGUGCACUAGAAAGUAAUGGCUCCAGUGGUCGGCUUUCAAUUGCACCGUUCGACAUCUCCUGAACCGCAUAGACUGAUACUUGGAGGGACACCCUAAUGGCUGUAGGAAGGUGCUGUGUUAUGAAAGCUGUCCUCCUCUCAGAUUUCAAAUACUUAAAUACGUGAGAUUUACACAGAGCCAAUGUGGGCAAGGGUAUGACCAAUCCAGAGGGCUCCUCAAAAAGCAAAUGACCUGACUUUGUGUUGGUCACUUUGUGUUGACUACAGGGUGACAAAAGUGUCACAUGCUUGAUGCCGUGACAAUAAGAGACACUACAAGUUACAUCCUGUUUUGUUUUAGUUGUUUUAGUAUUUACAUGAUGUGUAAAUAAUUUUGCACGUGUCUGUUGCUGAGGAGUGUGUUGGUGCUUCUCGCUCUCUGUAUCUUUCCUUCUGCUCCUCCACAGUGCCAUAAUCAUUAAGUUUCACAUCUUCAAACUGGAUGUUUAUUGAUUUCAUGUAAUGAUAACCAAUGCCUUUGGAUGUGAUUUGGUUUUAUUUUUCAUAAUUUGUUCCACUUUGAAUCUCAUUUAAUCUGCAAUAUCUACAUGCUGGGCUUCGUAGAACUCAGUGGUUUGUGUUUAUAUAUUAGCCCUUAUAUAUUAACCCCUUCUUGUUUUGUAGCAUUUAUUAGCCGUCCUGCGACCUGCUGCACAUUCAUUGCUCAUAAUAUUACUAAUAAUUGUCAAAGUACAGAUGCGCCAUGUCAAAACUCAACGUUAAUUCAAAUUUGUAUAUAUCAUUUUAUAGAAGUUAAUGAGGAAAAAUAUUUUUGGAUGUUUUGAAAGUUAUGAAUUGGUAAUGUCAUACUGUUUUUGUUGUUCUGUCCGGUUGCUGUUAUAUUGAACUCUUUGUUGUCUUCUUUGAAACACAUGUAGCGUGAAUGCUCAUGUCGUUUUGAUUAAUCCUGUCAUCUCCAAUUUUGGUGUUGAGAUUUUUUUGUAAUAGCAUCAAAGGUGAUAAGUCCAGUACAUACAGAUUUUGUUACCCUAUACAUUAGGAAAUCACAUCAAAAUCUAUUGUUUAAUUUAAGAAAUAUGUCACCAUAGGUUCAUUUUAAAGUAUUCUGUUUAUCUGGACAAUAAGAUGGUUUGGAGAUAUGAGGCUUUUCCUCAAACUGCAGCGUUGUAAGACUAUAAGCUAAAAGCAAUUCGUAUGCUUGAGUUACAGUCUGUAUUUUAAUUUGCAUUUCAGUUCAAGCACUGUGAGACCAUGGCUACUACAAGAUGUAUGAAAUUGUAGAAAAGGUUUCAGUCGUAGUCAUCUGUUUUCAUAAUCAAGACGUUUCGGCUCCCAUCCAGAAGUCAUUCUCAAUUGUGAAAAAAUGUGACGGGAACGUUUUUUUGUUUUUUUUUUCACAAUUGAGAAUGACUUCUGGAUAGAACACUCCUGGACGAAUGAGGGACUACACCGUCUUAAGAUGUAUGAAACUGUAAAUGUUAUUUAGCUGUACAAGUUAGUCCAGAAACUCACACAUUUUUAAUUUAUUUUCUUCUUCUCAGCCUUUAAAUCUCAUUUCCUUUCUCAGCCUAUCUCUAUUUUUAUACUUAUAUAAAAUAUCAGAGUAAUAGAGUUAUUUCCUCUAUCCAUGCAUGUAUUAUCUGAUGAUGUGUUGUUUCAUCAGUGAAAUGUUCAUAACCGUCCUGCUACGAUUCAUUAUGUCCCUUAUUUCACACACACGUGCAUAAACUGCAUUUUAAUAAUCACAACAAAGUGUGUUCCAAACGUGUUUUAAGAGUUAAGCAAGUUUUAGUUUUAUAAAGGAGAAGCUUGCAUCAGUAUUAUGGGUUCAGUUUUUGGGACAAAUGGUAUUUGCAUGAUGCAGAGCUGAUGGCAACAUGCAAACUUUGAAUUGUUCCUUGAGGGUGAUUUGAAUUUAAAUGUUUGCCCCCCAGUUAUUUCCAAGUGAUUUCGGGUCAAAUGUUAUUAAACAAUGUUAUCUGGUAGCCAUCUUAUCUUAUAUUAAUAGAGUUGAACAAAUGGCACGCUGCCCACAAUGUCUGGCCUAAUCUGACCUGAGUUUCCCAAAGACAUCUUAGCAUGAAAAUCCAGUUUGUUUCUAUAUUUUAACAGGUUUCGUAUCUAUUUAAUGUAAUAGAAAGGUGCAAUAGGAGGGAUGGCAGCAAAAGAAAGGGAUGACAAAAACAAAGAUAUCAUCUCUGUGCCUGAUUUAAUCCAUAGUGUGAACAGGGGGAUGCACCACACACACAAAACACAAAUAUCCCUGUACUGUUUAAUUUCAACAGAACAAAGAUAAUAUCAAUGCUUAGAUGUUUUGGGAAACCCAGCAUUCAGCUCUUGAUAUUGUUGAUGUUAAUAUUUUUGUUGUUUGUUUUUUUGGCCGUCCACCUGUCUAAAACUUGUAUUAUAAUCCUGUAAUUUACAUAUUUAAAUUACUAGCAUAACUAUAUAUCAGAGUUGCCAAAUGUCAGUAUAUCCAAAUGAAUAAGAAGUUUAUAGUUUGUGAGGGUUUGAAAGUAUGGUUAAACCUGGUUUCUAGUUUAGUUUUUAGCUUAUUUUUCCCCCCCGAGGAGAGUUGACCUCUCUGUCUGUCCCUGUACAGUUCAACAGGCUAUGAUGCAGUUUGUUUCAGGAAGUAAAAGAUUGUUAUUUUUUUUGUGUAAUGACAGCUUUAGCAGUAUAAUAAAAAUAUAAAUUUUG